AUGGUCUCGGGAAUGUACUUCUGGGGCAACCACUUUGAUUACGAUAUCGCUCGGGGACCGUUCCGCUCAAGCUACGACUGGCUUUCCUCAUACAUCGACAUCAUUGUCAAAGACCAAACUGCGGCCAAAGAGGAAGCUGAGGAUGAGGAAGACGAGGAAGACGCUGCAUUUGCCUUGGCGCUUGCUCAAAGAUUGAUUGACCUAUUGCCGAAAAUUUUCCCUCCUCUACAGCACCCUCCCGAACGAUCACAAGGAAACAUCACCGCUGUGAUUGACUGGGAAUGUGUCUCAGCCAUGCCAGUGUGGAUGACAACCAGAAUGCCCAAAUUUCUGGAAGGGUCGGACCGGGAAGAGGAACCCAAGCGUCAAGAGUAUGCCGAUGAGAGCGCUAAAGGAUCCGACGUACCGGGGGACAGCGAAGAUGACGAGCUGGAUAAUGAAGGCAAGGACGGGCUAUACUGGAUUCACGUGAUGGAGUAUGAACAGACCCAGUUGAGGCGGUUGUACCAUGCAUCCAUGAGUCAAUUACGACCGUGCUGGGAUGCCGAGGUGGAAGACACUGCACUGAAGCAGGAUUUUGCCGGGGCAGUUUUCCGGUGUGGCCAAUGUUUCUCUCUAAAAAGGAUUGCACAAUGGGUUGACGUGGUAGAAAGGGGGGGAAUUCCCUAG